AUGAUGCUACGGUUUGCAAGCUAUGCCGGUCUCUUCUCCGUCUUUAUACAGACAUGCAUCGCACUGAAAAAUAGCAUCGUCUCCAUUCCAUAUGAGUUGAAAUAUUUACUUCCUCCACCGUUCCACGGCAGCCUGUUCCACAGCUUUGUCAAUGGCACCAACACAUCGGAUGCGUCGACCAACGAGAUCCUUCAAUUUGCAACCAAAACACCUUUCAUCUCAUAUGAUGACGAGUUCCUAGCACUCCUCGGUCAGAAUCCAGUCAUUGAACUGGUCGAGGAGGGCCCCGGCAACUUCGCAGGAGAAGCCGGAGUAUGGGUUAGCGACCGCAAUGAAGUCUGGUACACGAUUUGGAUUAAUGACGGGCCGACUCACGUGGAGAUUCUUGACCUAAACCCCAAAACCAUCAGGAACCUGACUUCUCCGAAGCCAUUGGAAAAUCCCAACGGAGGAUUCAAUCACCAAAGUUGCAUGUACUUCACUUGUCUGCGAAACGACACUCGGGAUUGGCCUGGCGGUGUCGUAUCUGUCGACCCUGAGACAGGCCACGUCGAGACUGUGCUCAACUCGUAUUUUAAUCUCAAGUUUAACAGCAUCCACGAUGUGGCUUGGGUCACGCAGCCGUGA